AUGCCAACGUUUUCUCAUUAACCUUCCAUAAAAAUUCUUAAUGUAGUUGGAGCUGACACUUUUGUUAAGAAUAAAAUAUAUUCAAAGGGAAUGUAUUUGAAGCAUAUGAUCAUAACAAGAGUAAAAGAAGCCCUGACUAAAAUUCAGAAAGUUGGGGAUGUAAUAAGUAGAGAAUUUGAGAUUCUAAUGAAAUGCAAGGAAAGUGAUACUAUUGUUCAAAUGAUAAUUAGUAAUUUUAACUAAAAAAGAACUUCUUUUAUAAAAGGACAGAAAACGAUUGAUUAAGUCAAAAUAUUGUCUUUGAAUACAUGGAUGAUACAUUUUUCAAUAGAAUAUAUGAUAAGAUAAUUAAAUUAUUUUCGGAACUUACAGUAAAAACAUAUAAUUACUAAAUCCUUUAAGGAUUAGAGUUUAUUCAUUAAAAAGGUAUAGUACACAGUAAUAUAAAACCUUAAAAAUAUUUCAUUUAAUACUAGCAAUAAUAUCAUGAUAAAUGAUAAAGGUGAAGUCAAAUUAUGCGAUUUUGGAUAUUCAAAAAUUUUUAAUUUAGAUAGUUUAGAUAGCUAGAUAUUUUUGAGCAUCUGA